AUGCCGCUUUUCACGAAGUUUGUGGAGCCAGGCCGCCUGUGCCUCAUCACUUACGGCCCUGACGCCGGCAAGUUGUGCUUUAUCGUCGACGUUGUCACCAGCACCAGAGUUUUGGUGGACGGCACCAAGGUCACUGGGGUCGAGCGUCAACAGAUGCCCAUUACGUGGAUCAAGUUGACUGACACCAAAAUCACUCUCUGCCGCGGUGCUAAGACUGGAGCUCUGGCCAAGGCUAUUGAGAGUCAGGACGCCAUCAACGCGUUCAAGCAGACCCCCCUGGGCAAGCGUCUUGAAUUUGCCGAAAGGAGGAAGAACCUCAACGACUUCGAGAGGUUCAAGCUCAUGGUUGCCCACAAGGAGAGGAGGAGGUUGAUCAAGAAGAGCACCGCUGUUCGCGCCUAA